UUCCAUCUCAUAAUUCUUUCACUAAAGUCUACAAGAAACUAAAAGAAAGAAAUUCAAAUUAAAGUGAUUCAUUGCAAUGUAACAAAACAAGAAUGGUAAAAAAAGAAAAGAUGUGGCUUUGGAUUCUUAUAGCAGCAGUGGCUGAAUAGUGACUGCUAACUUUCUUUACAAUGGCAAAAGCAUCUUUCCAGUUGACCCUUUUUCUUUCUCACUCAGUUACCUAAACUGCCAUGUUCUUAAGGAAGUAGUGCUGUGUAAUUUUGUGUUGUUGGUGCGGAAGAGAUGAGGUUAUUGCUAUUGGCACUAGUGUUGUUGGCCAUUUUGGUGAAUUUACCAAGCUUUACUAAUGGUGACACAGAUCCAUCUGACGCAUCUGUUCUGAGAGCCCUGUAUACCAGCCUAAACUCACCAGGGCAGCUGACAAAAUGGAAUGCCAAUGGCGGUGAUCCUUGUGGAGAGUCUUGGACAGGCAUUACCUGCUCGGGCAAUAAAGUAACUGAAAUCAAAAUAUCAGGUCUUGGGCUCUCAGGUUCAUUGGGGUCGCAGCUAGAUAGUCUAAAAUCUGUUACCAAUUUUGACAUAAGCAAUAACAAUAUGGGGAACCAGUUACCUUACCAGCUUCCUCCAAACGUGCAAAGAUUAAACCUCGCUGCUAGUGGUUUUACUGGUGGCCUCCCAUAUUCCAUUUCACAGAUGACCUCCCUUCAGUACUUAAAUGUUAGUCACAAUCAAAUUCAAGGAUCAGUGGUUGUCUCGUUUGACUUGCUCUCUGCUCUCAACACAUUGGAUUUCUCUUUCAAUUCUAUGUCGGGUAAUCUUCCUCAAAGCUUCCAGUCACUAGCUAGUAUGAACACAAUGUAUUUGCAGAACAACCAGUUUACUGGAACUAUUGACGUCCUGGCUAAUCUUCCCCUCGGAAAUCUGAAUGUUGAAAACAACCAAUUUACUGGCUGGAUUCCAAGUCAGCUGAAAGGGAUAGUGCAAUCAAAUGGUAAUUCGUGGAGCACAGGACCUGCACCCCCUCCUCCACCUGGUACACCUCCUGCAAACAAUCACAAUAGAAAUCACAAAUCCAGAGAGAACAACAAUUCAGGUAGUGAUGGUGGUGGGAAAUCAGGUAUAGGAGGUGGAGGUAUUGCAGGCAUAGUGAUAUCUGUUCUAGUUGUUGGAGCAAUAGUAGCAUUCUUUUUUAUCAAGAAAAGAUCAAAAAGGUUGUCGACAGACAUAGAGAAGCUUGAUAAUCAGCCACUUGCUCCUCUUACUUCACAGGAAGUAGAAGAGUUGAAACCUUAUCAAACCUCUUCCACAGUAAGCAUGACAACAUUUAAAAUUCCCACAGCCGUAAAUCUAAGACCUCCACCUAUCGAUCGCCUUAAGUCCUUUGACGAGGUUGACAUAUCACCGAAACCCAUUGUUCCUCACAAGAAAAUUAAUACAGCUCAAAUCAAGGCUACACAGUAUUCAAUUGCAGACCUACAGAUUGCUACUGAUAGCUUCAAUGUUGAAAACCUUAUUGGCGAGGGAUCAAUCGGGCGUGUUUAUUGUGCUCAAUUUUAUGAUGGCAAAGUUCUUGCUGUCAAGAAAAUUAAUUCGUCCAUACUCCAGAAUCCUGAAGAUUUUCUCAAUAUAGUUUCUGAUAUAUCCCAGCUGCAUCAUCCAAAUAUAAUUGAGCUGGUUGGUUAUUGUGUAGAGCAUGGACAGUACUUGCUGGUUAAUGAAUUCCAUAAAAAUGGUUCUUUACAUGACGUCCUGCAUUUAUCAGAUGAAGACAGCAAGCCACUAGCAUGGAAUAGCCGAGUCAAGAUUGCACUUGGUGCAGCACGAGCACUAGAGUAUCUACAUGAAGUUCGUUCACCGUCAUUGGUUCAUAAAAACAUUAAAUCGGCAAAUAUUUUACUUGAUCUGGAACUCAAUCCUCAUCUAUCAGACUCUGGAUUAGCAAGCCUUAUUGAUGAUGCAGAUCAGGCAUUAAACCAAAACACUGGGUCUGGAUACGGUGCACCUGAGGUAGCUAUGUAUGGGCAAUGCACCAUAAAAAGUGAUGUCUACAGCUUUGGAGUAGUUAUGUUGGAACUUGUCACCGGACGGAAACCUUUUGAUAGUGAAAGACCACGAUCUGAACAAUCUUUAGUCAGAUGGGCAACACCUCAACUCCAUGAUAUUGAUGCCUUGGCUAAGAUGGUUGAUCCAGCGCUCAAAGGGCUCUACCCUGUUAAAUCUAUUUCCCGUUUUGCUGAUGUAAUUGCUCUUUGCGUCCAGCCUGAGCCUGAGUUCCGGCCACCUAUGUCAGAAGUUGUUGAAGCCUUAGUUCGGCUAGUUCAACGAGCAAAUAUGAGCAAGAGGACAUAUAGUAUUGAUCGGGGUUCAAGGGGUGAAGCAGGUGCUCAAGAUAACCAACCUCAGUUAGCAAUGUAAUGUAGCCUUUUCUGUAAAAUGUCUCCUUUUUUAUUCUUUGCUGUUUAUGGGAUAUGAUAUUCUGUUGAUUGGUUCAGCAAGAUCUUGUUGACUGCAUCAUGCAUUGUAUCACUGCGAGAUACUAUAAUCUUUUCAUAGCGCACAUUCAAUUUUCA